CUUAAACCUACAAAUCACUCCCAUGGUUGCCUAAUAUGCCAAUAAGCGCGCCCUACACUUUACAGUUGUCCAAUGUUGCUUUCGGUUAUGAAAGCAUCACUCGGGACUAUAGAUGUGUGAGGAUUAAUCGGAAUACCAGUACAAUGACGAACUCUAUUGAGAGCGAUGUUAUGGUUUAUAGCUUGAAGGAUGAUUCAUGGAGAAAGGCGGCUACUCCUAAUGUUCCUUACAAUCUUCGUUUUCUUGGUUGCUAUAAUACGGAUAGCGUCUUUCUUAAUGGUGCUAUCCAUUGGUAUGGCUUUAUUAAUGAGCCACUGCGUAAUGUUAGUAUUGUUACCUUCAAUUUAAGGGAAGAAUGUUUUAGUACUCUGCCGGUUCCUAAUUUAGUUUCGAUUGGAAUUGGUCGAAUGUUUGUGGGCGUACUUGAUGGGAGCUUGUGUCUUGUUGUUAAUGAGUCAUGGGGCGACACCCAUCUGUGGGUGAUGAAAGAGUAUGGCAUACCUGAAUCUUGGACCAAGUUAUUUUCAUUUGCCAAACUCAAUACUAGUGUUUCGAAUGAGCAUAUGAACUGGAAUUGUAAUGUCCUCGUGAAUGUGUCAAUAUGA